CGGAACCUUUGUCAGGAACCUGCAGCCGCACGGAACCUUUUGGUGAAGCGCUGCUCCGUCACUGUCUGACGCAAAGUUUCGUGCUCGAGGCUGAAGCGGCUGCACCGGUCCUCGCUCCCCGGGUCUGUCUCCCUCUUCUCCCGUAACAAAAUCCAGUCAGUCGCCCCUGCUGCUCGGACCGUCGCGAUCAUGGCGGAGGUAACGAAAGGUGUGGAGCAAGUUUCCGUGGGUGAGCUGUACGUGUCGGAUAAAUGCGGCAGCGACCAGGAUGGAGACGGCACGGAGCAGAACCCCUUCAAAACUCCCCUCAGGGCUCUGAUGUCCGCUGGGAAGGAGCCGUUUCCAACCAUCUAUGUAGACUCGCUAAAAGAGUCUGAGCGUUGGGCGGUAAUCUCGAAGACGCAGAUGAAGAAUGCAAAAAAGGCCUUUAACCGUGAGCAGAGCAAGAGUGAUGCCAAAGAAAAGAAGGAGGCGGAGGACAACGAGAGGAGAGAUAAGAACCUGGAAGAAGCCAAGAAGAUCAUCAUUGAGAAAGACCAGAGCCUCCCUGAGCCUGAAGCCGUUAAAAUUCAUCAUCUGGAGUCAAAGAGAGGUCAAAGAGUCAAAGUAUUUGGAUGGAUUCAUCGCCUGAGGAGACAAGGGAAGAACCUGAUGUUCAUUGUGCUGAGAGACGGAACUGGUUUCCUCCAGUGUGUCCUCUCUGAUAAACUGUGUCAGUGCUACAACGGCCUGAUACUGUCCACAGAGAGCACGGUGGCUCUGUACGGGACGAUCACUCCAGUUCCUGAGGGCAAACAGGCGCCCGGAGGCCACGAGCUGCACUGUGACUUCUGGGAGCUGAUCGGCUUAGCUCCAGCGGGCGGCGUCGACAACCUGCUGAACGAAGAGUCGGACGUGGACGUCCAGCUGAACAACCGACACAUGCUGAUCAGAGGAGAGAACGUCUCCAAGAUCCUCAGAGUGCGGUCCGCCGUCAUGCAGUGCUUCAGGGACCACUUCUUCAGCAGCGGAUACUGCGAGAUCACUCCUCCGACCCUGGUGCAGACUCAGGUGGAGGGCGGCUCCACUCUGUUUAACCUCAACUACUUCGGUGAGCAGGCGUACCUGACGCAAUCCUCCCAGCUCUACCUGGAGACCUGCAUACCUGCCCUGGGUGACACCUUCAGCAUCGCCCAGUCGUACCGAGCUGAGCAGUCUCGCACCCGCAGACAUCUGUCCGAGUACACGCACAUCGAGGCGGAGUGUCCCUUCAUUACGUUCGAUGAUCUGCUGAACAGACUGGAGGAGCUGGUGUGUGACGUGGUGGACCGCGUGCUCAAAUCCCCGGCUGCACAGCUGCUCUACGACAUCAACCCGAACUUCAAACCGCCCAAGAGGCCGUUCAAGAGGAUGAACUACACUGAAGCCAUCGAGUGGCUCAGAGAGCACGACAUCAAGAAGGACGACGGCAGCUACUACGAGUUCGGAGAGGACAUCCCUGAGCAUCCAGAGAGGUUGAUGACGGACAGCAUCAACGAGACCAUCCUGCUCUGUCGUUUCCCCACUGAGAUCAAAUCCUUCUACAUGCAGCGCUGCCCCGAGGACAAGCGCCUCACUGAGUCGGUCGACGUGUUGAUGCCGAACGUCGGCGAGAUCGUCGGUGGCUCGAUGCGUAUCUGGGACUCUGAUGAGCUGCUGGAGGGAUACAAGAGGGAGGGAAUCGACCCGACCCCGUACUACUGGUACACUGACCAGAGAAAGUACGGCACGUGUCCUCACGGUGGUUACGGCCUGGGUCUGGAGCGUUUCCUCACCUGGCUGCUGAACAGACAUCACAUCAGAGACGUCUGCCUGUAUCCACGAUUCAUCCAGCGCUGCCGACCCUGAGCGCUCACACACACACACACACACACACACAUUCUGUUAUUGCAUCUGGAUCUGGCUCGUGGGCCAUUAAAUGUGUCGCUGAAUUAAAAAAAAAAAACAAAGAAGUCAAUGUUUUAUUUCUGCUGAGCUCUGCCUCGUCUGUUUCGUCUUCACUCGUUCUGACUUGAAACGUGAAUCUGACCAUUUCCUGCCUCUGCUGAUGCUCAUUGGCCGAUUCUCUCACCCGUAAUGAACACUGUUGUUUCCUGUGAUUGUACAGAGCGUCCGCAAGUCCGACAAAAACAUUUUAAAAAACCUGUGUUUUAAGAUUUGUGGACAAAAAAAAAAUCAAACGUAAUAAUUUAACAUUUUAUAAUCACAAGAUCAAAAAAGUUGCUGUUACACAAACACUGUCCCAACGUGACGUGGUUUGUUUCUCUUGGAUCAAACUUUAAUCACAAAAUUAUGCUUUGAUGUAUCGAGGAAGAAAAUUUAAAAAGUCGAUCAUUGAGUGUUCGUCUUUGCUGGGUUUGAAAAUGUGACUUCACCCUCGGAACGUGUCGUCUGUUUCUCUGUUCUGCUGCUUCAUCUGGAAAACUCAAUAAACUGCACUUGAAUCAAUCAAA